CCCGGGAGCCGUCCGGCGGGGCGGGGCGGCCGCCACCAUGGAGCCCCAGCGCCGGGAGCUGCUCGCCCAGUGUCAGCAGAGCCUGGCUCAGGCUAUGACGGAGGUGGAGGCCGUGCUCGGGCUGCUCGAAGCCGCGGGAGCGCUGAGCCCCGGCGAGCGGCGGCAGCUGGACGAGGAGGCGGGAGGCGCCAAGGCGGAGCUGCUGCUCAAGCUGCUCCUGGCCAAGGAGCGGGACCACUUCCAGGACCUGCGGGCGGCGCUGGAGAAGACGCAGCCUCACCUGCUGCCCAUUCUCUACCUGAACGGCGUCGUCGGGCCGCCGCAGCCCGCCGAGGGCGCCGGAUCCACCUACAGCGUCUUGUCCAUCAUGCCUUCAGACUCGGAGAGCAGCAGCUCCCUCAGCAGCGUGGGCACCACCGGGAAGGCACCAUCCCCACCGCCCCUCCUACCUGAGCGGCAAGUGAAUGAGAAGGUGGAGAACCUCUCCAUUCAGCUGCGGCUGAUGACCCGGGAGAGGAAUGAGCUGCGGAAGCGCCUGGCCUUCGCCACCCAUGGGACCACCUUCGACAAGAGGACCCACCACAGGCUGAAUCCGGACUACGAGAGGCUGAAGAUCCAGUGCGUGCGGGCCAUGUCGGACCUGCAGAGCCUUCAGAGCCAGCACACCAGCGCCCUGAAGAGGUGCGAGGAGGUGGCCAAGGAGACCGACUUCUACCACACACUCCACAGCCGGCUGUUGAGUGACCAGACCCAGCUGAAGGAUGACGUGGACAUGCUGAGGCGGGAGAAUGGACAACUGCUGCGGGAACGUAACCUGCUGCAGCAGUCGUGGGAGGACAUGAAGCGGCUCCACGAGGAGGACCAGAAGGAGAUUGGUGACCUCCGGGCCCAGCAGCAGCAGGUGUUGAAGCACAACGGGUCGUCAGAAAUUCUCAACAAGCUAUACGAUACAGCCAUGGACAAGCUGGAGGUGGUUAAGAAGGACUAUGAUGCCCUACGGAAGAGGUACAGUGAGAAGGUCGCCAUCCACAACUCGGACCUGAGCCGCCUGGAGCAGCUGGAGGAGGAGAACCAGCGUCUGCUGAAGCAGACGGAGAUGCUGACCCAGCAGAGGGACACGGCCAUCCAGCUGCAGCACCAGUGUGCCCUCUCCCUGAGGAGGUUCGAGGCCAUCCACCACGAGCUGAACAAGGCCACAGCCCAGAACAAGGACCUGCAGUGGGAGAUGGAGCUGCUGCAGUCAGAGCUGACGGAGCUGAGGACCACGCAGGCAAAGACUGCCAAGGAGUCAGAGAAGUACAAGGAGGAGCGGGACGCGGUGUACAGUGAGUACAAGCUCAUCAUGAGUGAGCGCGACCAGGUCAUCUCCGAGCUGGACAAGCUGCAGACCGAGGUGGAGCUGGCCGAGUCGAAGCUCAAGAGCAGCACGUCUGAGAAGAAGGCGGCCAGCGAGGAGAUGGAGGCGCUGCGACAGAUCAAAGACACUGUGACAAUGGAUGCUGGGAGAGCCAACAAGGAGGCCGAGAUCCUUCGAAAGCAGUGCAAGGCUCUGUGCCAGGAGCUGAAGGAAGCCCUCCAGGAGGCAGACGUGGCCAAAUGCCGGCGGGACUGGGCCUUCCAGGAACGGGACAAGAUCGUGGCGGAGCGGGACAGUAUCCGGACGCUCUGCGACAACCUGAGGCGGGAGCGGGACCGGGCGGUGAGCGAGCUGGCCGAGGCCCUGCGCAGCCUGGACGAUACUCGCAAACAGAAGAAUGACGUCAGCCGGGAGCUUAAGGAGCUCAAGGAGCAGAUGGAAUCCCAGCUGGAAAAGGAGGCCCGGUUCCGGCAGCUGAUGGCCCACAGCUCCCAUGACUCGGCCAUUGACACAGACUCCAUGGAGUGGGAAACGGAAGUUGUAGAGUUUGAAAGGGAGACGGAGGAUAUUGACUUGAAGGCACUUGGGUUCGAUAUGGCAGAAGGUGUGAAUGAGCCUUGUUUGCCAGGGGACUGUGGCAUAUUUGUCACUAAAGUAGACAAAGGAAGCAUUGCUGACGGCCGUUUACGGGUCAAUGACUGGCUGCUGAGAAUCAACGACGUGGACCUCAUCAACAAGGACAAGAAGCAGGCCCUCAAGGCGCUCCUCAACGGGGAGGGGGCCAUCAACAUGGUCGUGCGUCGGAGGAAGUCCCUGGGUGGGAAGGUGGUCACUCCGCUGCACAUCAACCUGAGUGGGCAGAAAGACAGUGGCAUCAGCCUGGAGAAUGGAGUGUAUGCUGCCGCUGUGGUGCCUGGAAGCCCGGCUGCCAAAGAGGGCUCCCUCGCCGUGGGAGACAGGAUUGUGGCCAUCAAUGGCAUUGCACUGGACAACAAAUCUCUGAACGAGUGUGAAUCUCUGCUGCGGAGCUGCCAGGACUCCCUGACCCUCUCCCUUCUGAAGGUGUUCCCUCAGAGCGCCUCGUGGAGCGGCCAGAACAUUUUUGAAAACAUCAAGGACUCUGAUAAGAUGUUGAGUUUCCGAGCCCAUGGCCCAGAGGUCCAGGCUCAGAAUAAACGGAACUUGAUGCAGCACAACAACUCCACGCAGACGGACAUCUUCUACUCGGACAGGCUGGAGGACAGGAAGGAGUCGGGCCCCACAGGAGGCAGCAGCUCCUUCCUGCACAAGCCGUUCCCCGGGGGGCCCUUCCCCGUCUCCCCCCAGGCCUGUCCCAGUGCCUCUGAGCGCAGCCUGAGCUCCUUCCGCUCGGAUGCUUCAGGGGAGCGUGGCUAUGGGCCAGUGGACAUGCGUGGCCGGCGGCCGCUGCUGCCCUUUGAGACCGAGGUGGGCCCCUGUGGGGCAGCAGAGGCCCCCGUGGACAAGGCAGACCCUGAGAAUGCCAACAGCGGCGGGACCUGGCCUAAGGCCGUGCUCAGCUCCACGGCAGGGCCCGAGAAGCUCUCCGUUUACAAGAAGCCAAAGCAGAGAAAGUCUAUCUUUGACCCUAACACUUUCAAACGCCCCCAGACGCCCCCCAAAAUAGACUACCUGCUCCCAGGCCCUGGGCCUGCCCACUCCCCACAGCCCUCUAAGAGGGUGGGACCUCUGACGCCCCCAAAACCUCCCAGGAGGGGUGACUCCAUUAAGUUCCAGCACAGACUGGAAACCAGUUCUGAGUCAGAGGCCACUCUGGUGGGCAGCUCCCCAUCCACCAGCCCCCCGAGCAACCUGCCCCCUGACAUGGACCCUGGGGAACCCAUGCACGCCUCGCCCCCGCGCAAGGCCAGGGUCCGCAUUGCUUCCAGCUACUACCCUGAAGGGGACGGGGACUCCUCCUACCUGCCGGCCAAAAAGUCCUGUGACGAGGACCUCACCUCCCAGAAGGUGGACGAGCUGGGGCAGAAGCGCCGCCGGCCAAAAUCUGCUCCCAGUUCUCGGCCCCAGCUCACUCCAGUAGUGAUUCCUGCUCAGUUCCUGGAGGAGCAGAAGUGUGUCCCAGCCAGUGGAGAACUCUCUCCAGAUCUCCAGGAGUGGUCCCCUUACUCGCCAGGGCAUUCUAGCCGGCACAGCAACACCCCCUUCUACCCGAGCAGGGCAUCUGUAGGCACUGUUCCCCGGAGUAUGACGCCGAGUACCACUGUGAGUUCCAUCCUGAGGAACCCCAUCUACACUGUGCGCAGCCACAGGGUCGGCCCCUGCAGCUCUCCGCCCGUCCCCAGAGAAGUUGCCCCCCAGGGUUUGCAUCCCAGUGUCCAGCACCAGGGACGCCUGAGCCUGGACCUGAGCCACAGGGCCUGCAGCGACUACUCUGAGAUGAGAGCCUCCCAUGGAUCCAACUCACUGCCCUCCAGCGCCCGCCUUGGGUCUUCCAGCAACUUGCAGUUCAAGGCAGAACGCAUUAAAAUCCCAUCAACGCCAAGAUAUCCCCGGUCUGUUGUGGGAUCUGACAGAGGCUCGCUGUCGCACUCGGAAUGCAGCACUCCUCCGCAGUCUCCCCUGAACGCCGAUGGCCUGUCCUCUUGUGGCCAGUCUCAGACUUCAGCUUCUACAUUGCCCAGAAUUGCUGUCAACCCCACGGCCCUCGGGGAGCGGAGGAAGGACAGAUGUCUUCACCACCACAGAUCCCUCCUGAGACUGCCUGUGGCUGCCAGGCCCAGGUCCUCCUCCCUGAGGAGUCUGAGGCCCUACGUGGAGGAACCGCGCCAUGUGAAGCUGCAAAAGGGCUCGGAGCCCCUGGGCAUCUCCAUCGUGAGUGGGGAGAAGGGCGGCGUCUACGUCUCCAAGGUGACCGGAGGGAGCAUCGCUCACCAGGCUGGCCUUGAGUAUGGGGACCAGUUACUUGAGUUCAAUGGCAUAAACCUGCGGAGUGCCACGGAGCAGCAGGCCCGGCUUAUCAUUGGGCAGCAGUGUGACACCAUCACCAUCCUGGCCCAGUACAACCCACACAUGCACCAGCUCAGCAGCCACUCCCGGUCCAGCUCCCACCUGGACCCUGUUGGGACCCACUCCACUCUCCAGGGCAGCGGUGCCACCACCCCGGAGCAUCCCUCGGUCAUUGACCCACUAAUGGAGCAGGACGAGGGCCCUGGCACCCCCCCGGCCAAGCUGAGCACCCCCAGUUCCAGGAUGGUGGGAGAUGCCACCAAGAAGACCCCAGAGCCACGAGUGGUCUUCCUCAAGAAGUCCCAGCUGGAGCUUGGAGUGCACUUAUGUGGUGGGAACCUGCACGGGGUGUUUGUGGCCGAGGUGGAGGAUGACAGUCCCGCCAAGGGCCCCGACGGCCUCGUGCCUGGGGACCUCAUCCUCGAGUAUGGCGGUCUGGACGUGCGCAGCAAGACAGUGGAGGAGGUGUACGUGGAGAUGCUGAAGCCCAAGGAUGGUGUCCGCCUCAAGGUGCAGUACCGCCCAGAGGAGUUCACCAAGGUCAAGGGCCUGCCUGGCGACAGCUUCUACAUCAGGGCCCUGUAUGAGCGGCUGGCGGAAGUGGAGCAUGAGCUGAGCUUUAAGAAAGACGACAUCCUCUACGUUGAUGACACCUUGCCCCAGGGCACAUUUGGGUCCUGGAUGGCCUGGCAGCUGGAUGAGAAUGCCCAGAAGAUCCAGCGCGGGCAGAUCCCCAGCAAAUAUGUGAUGGACCAAGAGUUCUCCCGGAGGCUCAGCAUGUCUGAAGUCAAAGAUGACAGCAAUGCAGCAAAGACGCUCUCGGCGGCUGCGCGCAGAUCCUUCUUUCGGAGGAAACAUAAGCACAAACGCAGUGGGUCCAAAGAUGGGAAGGACCUCCUUGCCCUGGACACCUUCUCCAACGACUCCAUUCCACUCUUUGAAGAUUCGGUGAGCCUUGCCUAUCAGCGGGUCCAGAAGGUAGACUGCACCUCCUUGAGGCCUGUCCUGAUCCUGGGGCCUUUACUGGAUGUGGUGAAGGAAAUGCUGGUGAAUGAGGCGCCUGGCAAGUUCUGCCGAUGCCCCCUUGAGGUGAUGAAGGCCUCCCAGCAGGCCAUCGAGCGGGGUGUCAAAGACUGCCUGUUUGUUGACUACAAGCGGAGGAGUGGCCAUUUCGAUGUGACCACAGUGGCUUCCAUAAAGGAGAUCACAGAAAAGAACCGGCACUGCCUCCUGGACAUCGCUCCACAUGCCAUCGAGCGGCUGCACCACAUGCACAUCUACCCCAUCGUCAUCUUCAUCCACUACAAGAGCGCCAAACACAUCAAGGAGCAGAGGGACCCCAUCUACCUGAAGGACAAGGUGACUCAGAGGCAUUCCAAAGAGCAGUUUGAGACGGCUCAGAAGAUUGAACAGGAGUACGGCAGGUACUUCACAGGGGUCGUCCAGGGAGGAGCCCUGUCAAGCAUUUGCACUCAGAUCUUGGCAAUGGUCAAUCAAGAGCAAAGUAAAGUCCUGUGGAUUCCAGCCUGCCCCCUAUAGAACGUGGUGCUGGGGACGACGCAGCGCGGCCGCCAGCAUGAGUGCCUGGCUCAGGUCUCUUUAGCGACUAAAGAUAGAAGUCUGUCUGUACAGAAACCCGAAGGGGAAGGAUCCGUGAACCAGGACUCCAGGAACGCCUCCUUUGUAGACAGAGGGCUGCAGACGAACGGGAUCCGGGCCCCAGCCAGCAGACUGUGUUCCUCUCACACGUGUGCUUUAAGACAAAAGACUUUUUGUAGAGGGAUUCAACACCGACCUUUCCUUUAGUCAGCUGACCAGAGAUGCUGCAAAGAGAACCUUUCAGAUCACAAGUUUACAAACCUUUUCUAAGUAUUUGGUUGUUUAUGUUUACUUGAACGGCUCUAUGUUGUUGCUGCCCAGCCCCUGCCCUUUAGUCACACCCUUGUGUUGCUUUGGUGUUGGUUUUGUGCCUGUUUUCAGCAAAACGACUCUGGAACCUCGCUGGGGCCCACUUUGCUUUGGGAGGUUCUUGUCGGUGGGACCAGAGCUUUGAUGGACGUCCUGCUCCUCGGUGGCACCUUUCCUGGAAGGACAUGGCAACUGAGGGUGCUUCGAUGGUCGGUGGGGCGGGACCGGCGUCUGGAGGGGCUGGCUCUGCAGCGGCAGCUUUCCCUCCUGCCCCAAGAAGGGCGAUCUGGGCUGUCUUGCAGCCCCUCCCUCAGAUUGUGCCUCUGCGUCCUCUCACUUCUUUUCCACCUGCGUUCACUACUCCAGCCUUUUCUCUGGUCCUUGCAACUGCGUGAGUUCCCUGUUGCACAGCCCGCUCCGGGCAGGGUGUCAGGCUGGCGCUGGUGCGUGCCGUUGGGUCUUCCUUAGGUUCUGUGAGUAGUGACAGCCUUUACCAGUGCAGACUUUGCAGGGUAAUUCUUAAGUGCUCUGUAGUGGGGCAGGCAAAUCAGCUCUUCUCAAUGGGAAAACAUUCGUGUUUCAGACUUUGAAUCAAGAGUUCUUAGUGGAAGCUUAAGGAUUAGUACGGUCACUGUCAAGAUCCUAAAAAGGGAACCUGGGAUCUAUCUAGUCUUGGGAACAGCGCUCACAGCAUGAGCAGUACUCCACGAAGAUGUCUUUUUUAAGCUUCCGACGCUGGAUGCCUCUGCUGAAGAUUUGAUGUGGUUCCUCCUUAAACUGUGCAUCCUGUUAGUAAAUAGGUACUGUACCGGGCUCCGGGUAAGUGUCACUGGGGUAGGACCUCUAUUUUAAUACUGUUCCUAACAUUUCAUUUUACUAGCAAGAAAUCUCUGAUUUCAUUUUAUUCUUUGUAAUUCUAGACACUAGAUUGUAGUUUAGCCAUACUGACAUUUUUUAAAAAGGGAUAUAUUUUCUUGCACAGUUGUUCGAAAAGAGACGUUUCAGUCCUCAGUGCUGCCCUUCGUUUCACAGGUACACGCCUUCGGGCUCAGACACCUAGGACAAACCGUAGGCUGUCUCGGGGUCUCGCUCGCACGCCCUGCGGGGCUGCUGCUCCGAGCGGCAGGUGGUGGGACCGAGGAGGUACAGUGUGCACAGGUACUGUUCUGACAGGCUGGGAUUUUCUGUACUAAAACCUUCCUUUGUAUCAAAAGUUAAGCUGACUUUAGUACAAUAAAUAAAGGUCAAUUUCUGUAACUUGUGGUGAAAA